GUCUGAGACAGAGAGUGGUUAGUGUUAUUUCAGUUUUCGUUUUCGGUGUGUAGUUUGAGGUUAUGAAUAGUCACAUGAAACAUAAUAUUUUGAUAUUUGAAUAAGUUUUAAUUAUUUUGUGAUAUUCUUGGCAGAGUCAGAUAAACAAUCACUUAAAUUUAGUUUCUAAGUUGUAUUUAAAGGAUAAAAAUAAUAGAAUAAUUACUGAAUUGUAUUUAAAGGAUAAAAAUAAUAGAAUAAUUACUGAAUUGAAUCAAUGUUUGUGAAACUUCACUGUUAUCUCAUAAUAACAUUAUCAUAAUAUCUUUAUUCUUUGAAGUUUUACGUAAUAAGAUUUACAUGAUGCAAAAUCUACGAGCUCCAAUUUUGUCUUUUGGAAAACUGUUAGGUUCAAUCAGAUCCGUGCAACCACCAGUUGUCUCUUUUAAAACUGCACAGGCCUUACAAUGCUCUCGUACAGAAGUAAAUUUAGACUUGCCUGUGGAAAUUGAAAAUCCUUUCCAAAAAGAUAAACGACAGUGUAUUCUGUGCAAAAUGAAUAUCAUACCGAAUUACAAAAACGUCAAACUAUUAUCACAAUUCGUCUCACCGUAUACUGGAUAUGUCUAUGGUCGUCAUAUCACAGGGCUAUGUCGAAAGAAACAGGAGUUAGUCGAAAGAGAAAUCAAAAAGUCGCAGAGUGCAGGUUUAAUGGCCAUUGCUUUGAAGGAACUGGUUUUCAUGAGGGAUCCAAAGCUGUUCGACCCGGAUCGACCAUUCAGACCUCAUAAAUAUUAGCUUUCUUUUUUAUUAGUGUCAGUAUGUACUAUGAUUGUUUGCAAUAAAUUAUUAAUUAGAAACUAUUUAA